AUGCGCAGAGGCAUCCUCGUAUUCCUGAUCACCACCAUCGUGGUGCUCGGCUUCGCAGUCCACCAUGUCUGGACCCUCUUGGAACUUCUCGUCGUCGACGGCAAGGAAGAUGCCAUACUGCGCGCCGAACUGCCGGCCCCAAAUUCCGGCGCCAUCAGCGAACGACCCCAACUGAUCCCAAAGAUCAUCCACCAGACGUACAUCAACGAGAGCGUACCCGAACACUGGAAGGGGCCGCAGCAGAGCUGCAUCGACAUGCAUCCCGACUACGAGUACAAGCUCUGGACGGACAAGAAGUCGCGCGAAUUUAUUGCUGCCGAAUACCCUUGGUUCCUCGAGACUUUUGACGGCUACCCGUACCCGAUCCAGCGCGCCGAUGCGAUAAGAUAUUUUGUGCUGCACCACUUCGGAGGCAUCUACAUCGACUUGGACGACGGAUGCAACCGCAGCCUCGAUCCGCUCCUCGCCUACCCCGCGUGGGUUCGCAAGACGAGCCCCACCGGUAUCUCCAACGAUGCUAUGGGCUCCGUUCCGCGCCACAAGUUUUUCCUCAACGCCAUCGACCGUCUGCCCGACUAUAACCGCCGGUGGCCGUUGCCAUACAUUACCGUCAUGGCCUCGACCGGUCCUUUGUACCUCAGCGUCAUCUGGCGCCAUUACAACAAGGCUAACCCAGUGGGCGCGGACCGCGUUCGCAUCCUCUUUCCCGCAGAGUACAACAACCACAGCUGGAGCUUCUUCACCCACCAUCUGGGCAACAGCUGGCACAACAAUGACGUCAAGCUCAUCUUCUGGAUGGCCUCACACUGGAUGGUCCUCACUGUCGUUGGCUUUACCGUGGGCCUUGCUUUGCUCUGGUGCAUCUACUCGACAUUCGUGGUAGGCCGCCAGGCGAACAACUCCAGGAGCAAGUACGCAUACUCGCGGAUACCCUUCUACCGCCGCGUAAGCAGCAAAGACAUCGAACUGAACGACCGACACCAAGUUUAG